AUGCGCCGCUAUUCUGCGGCUGCCGUCAACGCGAACCCCCUGCCUCUUGAGGGCUAUCGAGUGUUGGACAUGACGCGAGUGUUGGCUGGUCCAUAUUGCACUCAAAUCCUAGGAGACCUGGGCGCCGAGGUCAUCAAGAUUGAGCAUCCAACACGAGGAGACGACACCAGAGCAUGGGGCCCUCCAUAUGCCAAAUACAAGCCGGGCUCUGGCCGAGAAGGUCCUGGUGAAUCGGCCUAUUUUCUCGGGGUCAACCGUAACAAGAGAUCUCUGGGGCUGUCAUUUCAACAUCCUCAAGGCGUCGACAUCCUUCACAAGCUGGCGGCGAAAUGUGACAUUCUGGUUGAAAACUACCUCCCGGGCACGCUGUCCAAGUAUCAGAUGGACUAUGAGAGCCUUCGAAAGAUUAAUCCCGGACUCAUCUACGCCUCCAUCACGGGCUAUGGCCAAACCGGGCCUUACUCAAACCGUGCCGGCUACGACGUCAUGGUCGAGGCCGAGUUCGGCCUCAUGCACAUUACGGGCUCGCGAGAUGGCCCGCCGGUCAAGGUGGGCGUGGCUGUCACUGACUUGACCACGGGUCUUUACACCAGCAACAGCAUCAUGGCGGCGCUCUUAUCAAGGGCCAAGACUGGAAAGGGCCAGCACAUCGACGUGGCUCUGAGCGACUGUCAAACAGCCACCCUGGCCAACAUUGCGAGCAGCGCUCUGAUUAGCGGCAAGAAGGACAGUGGCAGAUGGGGGACUGCUCAUCGUAAGUCGGCCCAAUCGCUCAAACCAACGUCCAUUGUCCCGUAUAGGGCAUUCAAGACAAAGGACGGAGAUAUUCUCAUUGGAGGUGGCAACGACCGGCUCUUCGGCAUCCUCUGCGACGGCAUCGGCAAAUCACACUGGAAGGACGACGUCAGGUACAGAACAAAUGCCGACAGAGUCGCUCAUCGAGACGAACUCGAGGCAGAGAUAGAAGCCAUCACAAAGCAAAGGACAACGCAGGAGUGGCUAGACGUGUUUGAGGGCUCCGGAAUGCCUUACGCCGCCAUCAACGACAUCCAGGGGACGCUCAACCACAGCCACACCAAGGCCCGGGAGAUGGUCGUCGAGAUUGAUCACGAAUAUUGCGGGCCGAUCAAGAUGGUCAACACGCCAGUCAAGUGGUCGGAAACCCAGCCCAAGGUCAGGACUCCUCCUCCGGUGCUGGGCCAGCAUACGGAUGAGAUUCUCAGCGAGCAUCUUGGGAUGAGCGAGGAGGAUAUUGCGGCACUGAAGGACCAGGGAGUGGUACGAUAG